GACCAGGCGGGCGGCUGCAACAUAGUUAGGGUUACCUAUAAAGCCUGUACGUCAGGCUGGCACGCCGCACGCUCGCUGCAAACACUGCCAGGUGAAAUGUGGAGAGAAAGCAGACUACUCGUUUUGGCGCUGGGCUUCAUGUGCCUCUCUGUUUUGGCGAGAGGAGCGACCAUCCCCGCUGGCACAGAGCCGGACUGUGGUCAGUUCAUGCUACCUGUGUGCCCACGCAUGUACGACCCGGUUUGCGGAACCGACGGAAAAACUUACGCAAAUGAAUGCAUGCUGUGUUUCUUAAACAGUGAAAACAAUGUCAACGUCAAGAUCUGGCACGAUGGUAAAUGCUGACGAGAGAGGCAGAGGAGAAAAGUCAGUGUCCUGAAGCCUGAUGAAGGUGAAGAGUGUCCUUCUACAGGCAGAACAAUGUUUGUGUCCUCUAUCGUCCUGCAAAGGCUAAAAACAUAUUAAGGCAAUCUAGAUAAACCAUUUUUGUAGCUUAGGCCUACCUUUUUCUUAUUUAUUUUCUUGGUCAUGUUUAUUGAGUCACCUAAUGGUUUCUAUUAAAAGAGCCUCCAUUUUAGACAACAUUGCCAGAAAAUACAUGUAUUUGAUCAGCUUUUCAUUUUACAUGAAUGCUUUUAGAAUAUAUUCAGUCUCACGCUUGAGGUCAACACACUUUUUUUUUAAUAUUGCUUCAUGUGCAAUACCAGAUUCUUCAUUUUAUGUACUUGAACUUUCCAAACGUCCCUUUCUUAAUAAAACCGUGCUGAGCAAAUUUUUGAUA